AUGAACAGAGGCAUUUUUACUCCCUUCCAGAGGCUCUCUAUUGCCUGGCCCUCAGUGACUUUCGUAAUGUCAGCCAUCACGUCACCUCCAUUGGUAUCCUUUUCACUACUGUUAUUAUUCUCUGUCAUCUUUAUUUUACUCUCAUCAUUUAUCUUUCCCUCCAGUUCCAGAGGCCAUGCUGGCUAUGGCUCUUUGCUUCAUCACUGUCAGAAUGAGGCAUGGGUUCAUCCUGGUCUGGGUAUGAGGACUAACAAUAAAUUAUUUGAAACCAUUAUAUUUCUGGUGAGUGGUGCUGUCCUGAAAGUGUAUAUUCUUUUCUUUUCUUUCUUUUUGACUCAGUUACCCUGGGGGUGCGGUGGGAGUAUAUUACCUCCAACUGAGAAUGUGGAAACCAAGGCCUAA